ACAUGACGCAAUUGGCUUUUUCAAUGUCUUAUCUACAGCGAGGUAUGUUGUCAUUCGCCGAGUGGUCGUCGAGCUGCGCGCACGCCGCUCACCGCACGAUUUAUUUUUGUUUUAUUUGUGUCUUUUUGCUUUUUUAUAGUCGUCGAGGACAAAGUGACGAAUUGCGCGCCUGUAUUGUGCCAGUGUUUUGAACUUUGUGACAUUGGAGUUACCAUUUUUAAAGUGAUCAAGUCUUAGUGAAUUGCCGAACAUGUUUAUGUCAGGGUUCUUCAUCAUUUCCCCUGAUUUAUUUAGAAUGACGCCGCAAGAGGAGCGCGAGAGCUCACGCGGCGCGGAGAUCGCCGACGCCUUCGAGGACGACAUGUUUGGACCGCCACGCACUGAGCCCGCCGCUAGGCCCAAGCUCUCCAUGAUCUCGGCGCGCCUCCGCGCCAAUGAAGAACGAAAGCGGGUCAUUGAGAUCUGCUCACAAAAAUUAGAGAAUAUUGAAGACCCCGCGCGAGACUUAAGGCGUUCAGUGUGCAUUAACAACACAUACUGCCGACUGAGUGAAGAGGCGCGCCGAGAGAAAGAGGCGAGACGACGACGAGCGCGGGAGGAAUGUGAUGACUCGUGGGUAGGGAAGAAGGCGCGACGUGCUGUCGAGGACGAGUGCCUGGCACUGCUCGACGCCAUCCCAGAGCUGGGCGACGCCAACCUCGGCUGCGCACAACUAGCGCGACAGAUGCCACGACAAGACGUGCCCCUGCUGCCUCCUGGGCUCUUAACCGUUCUGGACUCAUGACCGCGCCGUCCUGCGCACCUCCACACCUCACUGUAAGCGAACACUGUGUUCGCGUGCUCCUGAUGCGAGCCGCAGGCUGCGUGCCGCGCGCGUCCAGACGCUCGGCUGCCGGAGACGGCGCUCCGGCCCGAGCCCGCGGCGGUCCACCACCGUGGCUCAAGAAUCACUGGACUAUUGAUUCGUGUUUAUAGUUUACGUUACCCGGAACGGACUGUCGACGUUUAGCCAAUUCUUUGUUGUUUAAGAAGAGUACUUACUUUGUUAGCGUGUUUUUUAUUAUUUAGUGAAAGUUGCUCAGGCGCUGCCGACGGGCGCGGUCCAAUUAGUGUUCAACGAUUAAUUUUUAUCGAACAGAGGACUCUGAAUGUGUGUUGUCGCUACAGUGAGGCGGCGCGCUGCCCUCACUUGUGGUGCAAGUUUAACGGUUCAUAACGGAGGCAUAGUUUUAAGUGAUAAUUAUUAUGUUAUAUUAUUGUACUGUAAAGUAAAUAGUGAUUAAGAGAUAGUGCAAAACGACUGGGAACGGUUGCGUAGAUGAGCGGUAACAAAACUUCCACGCUUACUUAGUUUUAUUCGAAUAGUAUUAUUUUGUGCUGCCUUUGUGAGAUCGGUUACACGUAACUGAAUAGAGUGAAAACUGGCGUUCUCGAUGCACACAUACACGUUGUGAUUGGAAUAAUAAGGACGAUAAUGUUGGCAACUUGGAAUCAAGUCUUAACGGAAUAUUUUCAAUUUGAGUAUAAUUGCUAACAAAACUAGUAGUCAGUAAGAUGAUAAAGGAAAAUUCGUGACGUAUGUGUGUGUGUCACCAGUAACUCGAUGGUUUUAGUUUCCUUAUCAAAUGUGGCGCGUGUCGACGUAGAGGACACUAACGUUCGCCCAACAUUGGCGGCCAACAGCCAACGUUUGCACGCGCCUCACAUUUUACUAACAAGUCCGAGAGUUACUUUGAACGAGUUUUGUUUUACUUUAUCGUUUUAAGUUUUAUUUAAACGUUUUUUUGUUUUGUUCAUUUAAAUGUUACCCUAUUGCUUAUAUUAUGACCAUUUAAAGCUUUGUUACCAUUAUUAUGAUAUUUAAUUGGGUUGUAUCUGAGUUUUAGAGAAAUAUCGUGACAUUGUUAAUUUAUUUUGUACAAGACUUUAUUUUCCUCUUAUGAACGUUGGUAAUAUUAACUUUAAAUAAUUCCAAUAUCAGACUUGCAUCAAGUGUUAGUCAAUUUAAACAACGUUCAUAAGUUGGGGGAUUGUGUGUAAUAAAAAGCGUUACUUAUCAAGCGGUUGUGCAAUAAGAUUGAAAGCAAUCAAUCGUUCGAUUGUGCAAUUGAUCCAUGGAACAAGCGAGUUCCUUUUCUUUUGAAAUCUUAAUUGUCGCAAAAUAUAUCGCUAGUAGCCCGUUUCGCCCCCUCUGAAUAGUAAAUAGGUGGGGGCGAGCGGGGGCGCGGCGCGGCGCGGGCGGGGGCGCGGCGGGCGCCGGCCGUGGUGUGGGUCUCUGCACCGUUCCCAGCACUCCUGUGAUAUUAGCCUAGCCUGUGUGUCGUAUUUGUGCUAGUUUCCCAACCGACUUGUUUGGAUAUUGUGCUUGUAAAAAAGCUUAAAAAAUUAAUUCCUUUUCUAUAUCGGCCAUUUUAUACGGAUUAACCGAAUUUUGAAUGUCGUUUACCCGACGGUAGGAUCGCAUUUAGAGUUUCGAUCACCAUUUGUGACGAGUAGAUGAUUUUGUUUUGAUCAUUUGGUAUGUUGUAUGUAAUGUUGAAUAAUCAUUAUUGUAUUAUAAAAUUUAUAAAGUUAGACGCUUGUACACUUAGCUGUUGCCCUUAUUAGGGGAUAAUGAUAAGAUGAUAAUAUGUCUACAAAAUGAAAUUCAUACAAAAAUGAUGAUUAGUGUUCUAAUACAUUUCGGUCACUAGUUGUUAAAAUUUGCAAGCAAAAUGUACUUUAUUAAUUGAAGAUAAAACGCACAUAUUUACAGAUAAGUAGAUUUUUCAAAAUACUGUAAAUCGGUCACGUUUGUGGGCGCACAGAGUUCAGUAAUCGGACUGUGAGUUGUCAUGUAAAAAGUUGAUAAAUGUAAAGCAAGUUUGGUAUCAAUCAAGUGUAUUGUCCUAUAACGGGUUUUUAUUUUCUAACGUAUCAAGUGACCAAGAAUUGUUUUGAUCGUGCUUUCUAACAUUCCUAUCUGCUUGUCAUUAAUGGCAACGCGCCGUAAGGAGAAUCAUUGUACUGGUACUAUUACUUGUUGAAACGUGACUACUCCUUGGACGAUGUGAGAUUCUUAGAAAAUAAAUAAUUUAAUACCGAGCCUCUAGCUUUAGUCAUUCAAUCGUGUUGAUCGGAAAAUGUAAGAAAAAGAAAAGGAUGUUGCAGACUAUCACAUUAUUGAAUCAAACUCUCGUUUGUUUCACUCGCGCUCCUCGGGAGUGAGCGAGACAAAGAAUGUAUCGAGAUGAAUGUGUUGAAAGAAAUUGUAAUAUUGUGUCGAUAAUACUCCAAAGCAAUUGAAUAAUUUUAUUGGUUCCGUGUGAGGUUGAGAUUUGAAUAAACUAAAUAGUUGAGCUUAUUUGGAAUUUUAUUUACUUGGCACUCCUGCAUAUUGUAAUAAUAGAUUCCCCAGUUGUUUUUCAAUAUCAAGCAUUGGUGAGUCAGUGGAUCAGUUGAAAUGAUUGAGUCAUCGUUCAGACCUAAAAUACGAAACUACAAAGAAUGAACAGUACGUACAGGCAGACGAAUUCAUUUGGGUAUUAAUCAGGUUAUAAAUAGAAAUGGAAUGAAAUUAGUGGGAGACACAGUGAGCUCAGCGGCUGGAUGGGACGGGAAGAAAGGGUUGAUGUAACAGUUGUUCACCAAUUGGAAAUAGAUAUGAGUAAUACCAAUAUUCUGACGUACAAAGUACACAAUACCAUAUGAUCCGAAUCCUAAAGGUUAUUUAGAAAUCAAGCUCACACACACUCGAAUACAAACGCCGAUAAUUACCUCGUAAAUGUAACUAAGUAUUAUAAUAAUUUCUAGCUAUCUUUAGUCAAUUUCUGGACAGUUUUCCUGUUCUUUUCUUCAUCGCCAUUGUGUCAGACGUCCAAUGCUGAUAGACCUUCCUAAAUGAUACCAUUAUUACUUUUGCUAUUCCUAACUCCUAUUACAAUUUCUUUUAUACAUAUCGAUACGUUAAUUUUAAGUUAUUAAUAUGUAUAUGUGGCAUCUUACAAUACAUGAUAUAUUUAAAGCAAUGUUCCAAGAGGCGAAGUAUUUUACUCGUUUGUGAAAUAGUAAAUUUAAGAGAACGUUUUGUAAAUGUUAUCAUAAUUUUAUUAUUGUGACUAGCUGCUAUUUUAUAAAUGUUUCCUGUCUUAAGCUAAGAGAUGGUCAAUAAAUAAAUAUUAAAUAUUAAACUGUA